AUGUGGCUCAAAAGUCAGCUAUUGCUCCUAUAUUGCAUUGCAAGCGAAGUUUGGAUGGCAAAGCAGCUUGACUCUAGAAGUUUCCCCCGAGGACUUUAUUCAGUUGAAGACGGCAGUUCUGCACAGUGGAACAGGCUGAAAAGGAGUCUGUAUCAGGGAAGGUCCUGCAGGGUACGAGGCUGUUGCACAGGACGGAAUGAUGAUUGCAGCUUUAACAUUGUCUCCAAAGCAGCUAUAUGUUACUGUGACCAGUUCUGUGCCUCGGGUUUUCCUGGCCCUGUAGACUGUUGUGGUGACUACUGGGAUGUCUGUGAGCACCCUGUUGAGCCUACCAGGUCAGAUGAGCCUUGGCCACCUCCAGCAUUGGGUUGUUAUAAAGAUGGCCGAUAUUACGGAGAAGGAACAGUAAUUAAAGACAACUGCAAUUCCUGCACCUGUUUCCAUAGUCUCUGGAAGUGUUCAAAAGAAGUAUGCCUUGUUCGCCAAGACUUAAUUCAGCGCAUUAAUUCUGGAGAUUAUGGAUGGAAAGCUGACAACUACAGCCAGUUCUGGGGAAUGACACUGGAAGAAGGUUUCAAAAAGCGCCUGGGCACCCUCCCUCCAUCUCAUUCCUUGCUGAAUAUGAAAGAAGCUCCAGGACACUCACUUCCAGAAGAAAAAUUUCCUGCAUUUUUUGCAGCCACUUAUGCAUGGCCUGAGUGGAUUCAUGAUCCUCUGGAUCAACGAAGCUGUGGAGCAUCCUGGGCUUUUUCAACCGCAAGUGUUGCAGCAGACAGAAUAGCAAUUCAUUCUGAGGGAGAGUUCACAGACAACCUUUCUGCUCAGAAUUUGAUUUCUUGUGAUACCAGAAAUCAACAGGGAUGUAAUGGUGGAAGUAUUGAUGGUGCUUGGAGAUACCUGAAAACACAUGG